UAAACUCGGUGACGAUCUCUGCUCGCCAGGGACUUGCGAUCCGCGUAGUUCCACAGCGCAGCUAAAGCUCCGAAAAUGUCGUUCCCGCUUUCUCACAAAACGGUGAUGGUCUUGGAUCAUGGGAGUGAUUUUCUGGCAUCGAGUCAGCAGAUGAUCGACCUCGAUCAGAUCACCAAAACAAGAACGUUGAUCCCACUAGCUCCCAUCUCGAAGUCUCUCUGGAGUUGUUCCGUCGAGAGCUCAGUCGAGUAUUGCCGUAUAGUUUGGGACAUCUUUCCCUCAGGUCGUUUGAUCAGAUUCGUGAUUGGCGAUGGGGAAGACACGCGAUUCCUGAACACAUGGGGCGAACAGAGUGUAUCGCAAGUCAUGGCAUCGUUCGGAAAGAUCCCGCCGCCAUCGACGGCGAAAAACAAGUUAGACAUCGUUCGCGCGGUGGAGAUGGCUCUGGGAACCUUGUGCGAGCCGUCGGAGAUUCAACACGAGAGGAGGACGAACCUGGAUCUUCAAACCGAAGUCGUCAACAGAGGUCGAGUCAUAGUCAUCACCCAAUUGCAAGGAGAAACCGAGACUCUGAAACUCGAGAAGAAACUUAAUACGACCCUGGACAUCGUGAACAAGGUCGCUACACAAGACGACAAACAGGUUCCUCUACAAGAAGUUGAAAUAAUUCUGAUCCACACUUCUCCUGGCACCAAGGAAAUAUCGAUAGCUCCCUCGCAGAGAAAAUAUGGGACCCUCCUCACCAUUGAAGCUCACAAGGUUACUUCGGGUUACUUCCUAUCGGAGAAGCUGUGUGAACUCGUACAGGUGCAUUACGAUCUCGCCAUCACUACAGUAACAGGCAUUCCAAUGAAAGAAGAACAAAACGCAAACUCAUCUGCGAACUAUGACGUUGAAUUACUUCAUCCAGCAGCUGCGCAUUCAGAUUUCAAGGUGGAUCAAAGCGACGAGAAGCACGAGGUCACCCUGAAGUGGUGUACCCCUCGUACGGCUCCGGCUCACGAGCUCCAGUACUGCACGGCGGCGUUCAGAAUCACCCCGGUCGAUAUUAACUCGAGACCGUCGUCCUGCCUGACCAAUUUCCUCCUGACCGGUCGGACCGUGAUGCUGGAGCUACCAAGGAAAUCAGGAUCCAAACUACUAAGCCACAUGCUGGCGAGUCACGGCGGUGAAAUUUACAUUCACACACUGGGAACGGGAAGAUCCGCCCUUGAAGACCCUCCAAGCAUCAGCGAAGGAACGGGAGGCCGGGUCACCGACUACAGAAUCACCGAUUUCGGGACUUUCAUGAAAGACCACUCCCUAGUUCCGUACGAUACAAGUAAAGGACCCACCACGGAGAAUCCCCUCGACAUGACGCUUGCGAGCAUAUCGAGGACGACUCUGUACUGGCCGCUGAUAAUCAGUAGUACCUCCGUCUACAAUGCUCAAAGUCAUCUGGAGCCGCUCCUGAGUAUCAUUGUCAAACCAAGCAUAACCCUCGAUCAAGUUGUGGAGUGCAAAAAAGUGAUACUGAACAUGAUGCAUAUGGAAACGAAAGGGAGUACUCUUCCUCUGUCGUCCGGCUCUGCCGGUCCACGCGGGAAGAGCGGGCUCAAGAAAGAAGAACAGUAUCGGGCCUUGUGGGCCGAGCUCGAACAACUGGUUAGACUUUACUGCACGACCGCCGAACAUCAGCAGGUCUUGGAAUGUCUUCUGGAAUGUAAAAAAUCGGAAACAGUCGCUUCCCUCGACGCGCCGAAAUCGGUUAAACUUGAGCCGAAAGCGUCGCAUUCGAGCGAAAAUCCGUCUCCGUCAGAGGAUAUCAAGCCAAAAAAACUUAGAGUGGCUCCUGAUCUUCUUGGAAAAACGUCUCUCCUAGGAUUGAUAAAGGACAACAUGAGCAGGAGACCUGCCACAAGCAUGUGGUUAGGCUACAACCCGGACACAAAAAAGACUCAGUUGUACCAAAACAUCAAAGAUAAGGCGAAUCGAGAGGAAAAUGUGCCAAUGGAGAUCCCCUGAGUCUGAACCCCUCGCUAUGUGCAACAUAUGUUCUUUGGGUCGGAUCACACGCGCAAGUCGAUGUGUUUUCUAAGCCAAAGUCGGUUGUAGUACAUUCCGAGAGGAGCACUGCCUCGAAUCAUAUUCGAGAGAUCCAUCUCUGUAACAAAUUCCGGAUAUUUUAUUCACGUCACUUUCGCAUGAGUUUGCGCAUCAGCUCGAGCGCUGAUGGGAACAUUGUAUACUUGUGGAUGUCUGUACAGUGCCAGAGAUCGGAGAAGCUCUCUCUGACUUCCUGGAAUAAAUGUUGGAGUCGAUGAU